AUUGAGUAGUAUUAUAAUAGCAAACGAGCAUGGCUUGUACUGGUUUUAUCUUAUUUUUCUUUUGAAAAAGUCCGCCAAAUAUCCUGUCUAGGACAGUUUUAUCCGGUUUGAUGCUUUUAAACGUAAGAAAAAACAAAUAGUGUACUAGAUUAAUGAGAAACUCGCAUCGUAGAUAUGACAGAGCAAGCUUAUGAGAAGAAAGAUAUUUUAAGUGAUCAGUAUGCUGAUGGAAAAGCAGCAAAAGUUUGGGAAAUGUAUAUUGGGAGUAAACAAGUCAGAACAGCAAAUUAUAAAAGUUUCAUAUGCCAACUAUUACGGAGUCAUAAUUGUAAGAGAGUGCUAGACGUUGCUUGCGGAACGGGAGUCGAUUCGAUUAUGCUAUUAGAAGAGGGCUUUAAAGUCAUCAGUACAGACGCUAGUGAUCAAAUGCUUAAAUACGCCUUGAAAGAACGCUGGAAUAGAAGAAAGGAAGCGGAAUUCGAUAAUUGGGUAAUAGAGGAAGCGAAUUGGCUCACUCUACAAAAUGAUUUAGAAGACGUCAAAGGGUGUCCAGAAGAAGGAUUUGACGCAGUUGUUUGCUUGGGUAACUCUUUUGCUCACUUAUUAGAUUUUGAUGGGGAUCAGAGAGGUCAGAGGUUAGCUUUGAAGAAUUUCUGCUCCUUGAUCAAACCCGGAGGAAUAUUGAUUGUUGAUCAUCGAAAUUAUGAUGAAAUCCUGCGCACUGGCAAACCUCCCCUCGGAAAGAAUGUUUUAUAUAUGGGCCAAAGAAUCACGGACAUAAAUUGUUCUAAUAUGUAUGUGAAUGGAAAACCAUACAUGACAACAUUCAACUAUACAAUGGACGUAUCAACAUAUGUCAAGGAUGAAUCCAAGAAAGCCAAAUGGUUUUCCGAUGACGGAAAGGAACACUUCCGUUUAUCCUAUUAUCCACAUCGAGUUGUUGAUUUUGUUAGUCUCCUAAGACAAGUCUUUGGUCCAGAAGCCAAACAUAGUAUUUUUGGUGAUUUUAAGCCAAUUGAUGAAAUUGAGUGUCCCACAUAUUUUAUGCAUGUUAUUAAAAAGACAAUUUCCUAG